CGGGGCCCCCGCUCCGCCCGGCGGCAGGCGAGGCGCGAAGGGAGACGGCCCCCCCGGCUCCGUGCCGCGCGGCCGGGGCGGGGCUCGAGGCGGGGCUCGAGGCGGGCUACCUGCGGCGGGCCCCGCUGGCCCGGCCCGGCGAGGCGAGGCGAGGCGAGGCGAGGCGAGGCCGCCGUGGAGGCGGCGCGGGCGCGACCGCCGGGUCUCGCUGAGGCGGGGCGGCGGCGGCCGGCGGCAUGAAGGUUAACUUGGGCGUCCUCUCCCUCUUCGUGGCCCUGGUGGGAGCGUCAAGCUUCGUCUUCCUCGUGGUGGCCAUCGCGACGGACUUCUGGUACAUCAUCGAUGCCUCCAGGCUGGAGACGUCCCGCAACGGCACGGACGCCCUCAGCUCGCACUCGGGGCUGUGGCGGACCUGCCGCGUGAGGAGCGAAUGUUACCCUUUGAUAAAUCCCUUCUGGCACGAGAAUGCAAACAUCACCGAUUCACACAGACAGCUUUUGUACAUGCAUGGAACAUUUGUCAUCCUGAUGCCCCUCAGCCUGAUACUGAUGAUUUUUGGAGGAAUGACUGGAUUCAUCAGUAUUCUUGCCAGGGCCUACCUACUGCUUCUAAUGACGGGACUGCUUUUUCUUUUUGGAGCUCUUGUUACACUUACUGGGAUCAGUGUCUAUAUUGCAUAUUCAGCUGCUGCCUUCGAAGAAGCUGUCUGCCUCCUGAGGAGUAAGGAUCUCCUGGUAGAAAUCGACAUCAGGUUUGGCUGGUCACUGGCGCUAGUCUGGAUCUCCUUUGUCGCAGAAGUGCUCACUGGGGCUGUGUUUCUCCUGGCAGCAAGAGUUGUGGGUCUGAAACAGCGACGUGAACAGACAUUAUGAACAACAGAUCUAUUCUACAGUUUAUAUGAUGCUUUUGAAGUGCCUGUGUCACAUGUGGUAGGUAUUUAUAAGAUACUUAGGCAGCUACAAUAACAAAUACUCUAGUGAUCAAAUGUAAUUAGAAAGCCAAUGAAUCUGUUAUUGAAUUACAGCAAUUCUCAUUUCCAUGGCUUUCCUAAAUUUCUCAUUCUGGCUUCCUGCAAUAUCUGGCACAAUGGUAAUAAAGAGUAUCUUCUGCUCCUGAA